AAAUCUUCAAGGAUGUCCAGGAGAGCUAGACAAACAAACUUAAACCCUGACCUCAGUCCUUUCCAGUCACAAGGAGUCGGGAUGAAAUGAUAUGUCUCCCAGAAUGUAUCUACUUCUGAUUCCCCAAUGGGUGAUUUGAAAGCUGCUCACCAGAAGACCCCAAUGAUGGUCAAACCUAAUCAUUUCCAGAACAAGAAGGAGCUUCAGCUAAAUUGUACCCAACUUAGUCUUACAUUAAAAGGAAGGGAGAGAAAGUUUAAAGGGAUCCAGAAAGGUCAUACAAAUGAACGCACCCAAAAGUUCAAAGGAUUAGGAAGUGUAAAUCAAAAUAACUUUGAAUUUGCUUGUCAUAGUGUAGAAUCAACGCCUUUAAAAAGAAAUUGAUCGAAUAGUUCUAUUAAAUCGCAGAAUGAUAUAUUUAUUACCACAAUGAACCCGAAAAGUAAAUUAAGUCAUUCGUUUGCUCUCAAAAACAAAGAGUCAGACACUGGAUUCCUCAGGAGGGAAGAUAAUAAAGAAGAUCGGAAGUCACAGUCAGCUAUCAAGUCCUCACUGAGCAUGUUAAGAGAAAAAGCGAAACAAUAGGCAUAAUGCCUCAUAAAAACCCAUUAAUCAGCCUUAAAGAUAUUAGAGAGAAAUACUGGAAAUAAGACGAUUAUUAAGAACAUAAUUACAAGGAAAAAGAGAUUGAAUAAGGAAAAAUAAGUUUGCAAAAAUCCUCACUCCUACAAUCCGCGGAAGCAGGGAGAUAUCUGAGCUUGGAAACUCCUUCAAGGUAAUCAAAGUUAACUCGAAUAAGCCAGGUAGGCUUUUGGCUAGGUCUCCGAAGAAAUAAUGGGCUAGCUAGGAAUGGCUCCCAAGAAAUUGAUAAAUUUUCGUUUGCUGCCGAAGGACUAAGACCUAAGAUAUAUCAGAAUAAAAAGUAUGGCAUUGAUAUUAGUCUUCCAAUACAAAGUGAUGAGAAUGGUUACAAGAUCAUCAACCCUAGCCAUGGUUUGUAUGUGCCCAAUCUUGAUAGAAAUACAGAAGAAAUGAAUAGCUCUAGGGACCAGCUUCGGCUCCAAAACCCUCAGUUUUAUUAUGAAAAUAACGAAUAUGCAUAUACUGGUCUCAAGCAUAAGAGGAGAACAAUAGUGUUUAAAAACUUUUCAACGU